AAUAAAUAAAUUUUAGUAAGAAAAUGGUUUUGUUGAAAUUUGAUCUUACUAGAAUGUUAGUUACAGAGAAGUCCUCGACCACGUAGCUUGACGAAGCGAAACUGAUAAAACUAAAAGCGCUGUCAUUAUUAAUACCUUCCUCAUUUCUUCUUCGAUCAAAUCCGCAACAUCAAUUUCACUUCAGCUUGGUUAGGUUGUUGUGGUGAUUGUGCGAAUUGGAGAUGAGUCAAAGGGGUUUGAUAUAUAGCUUUGUUGCCAAAGGAACUGUUGUUUUAGCAGAACACACUCAAUAUACUGGAAAUUUCAGUACCAUUGCUGUUCAGUGCUUGAACAAGCUUCCUUCAAAUAGCACCAAAUACACUUAUUCAUGUGAUGCCCACACCUUUAAUUUCCUCUUAGACAAUGGAUUCGUUUUCCUUGUUGUUGCUGAUGAAUCAAUUGGAAGGAGUGUUCCUUUUGUAUUUCUCGAACGGGUGAAGGAUGACUUUAAGCAGCGCUAUGGUGCUAGUAUUAAGAGUGCAAGUGACCAUCCACUUGCUGAUGAUGACGAGGACGACGAUUUAUUCGAAGAUAGAUUUAGCAUUGCUUAUAAUCUUGAUAGAGAAUUUGGGCCAAUUCUUAAGGGGCAUAUGCAGUAUUGUUUGACCCAUCCCGAAGAAAUGAGUAAACUGUCAAAAUUGAAGGCUCAAAUAACUGAGGUCAAGGGGAUAAUGAUGGAUAAUAUUGAGAAGGUUUUGGAUCGUGGAGAGAAAAUUGAACUUCUGGUGGAUAAAACAGAAAACUUGCAGUUCCAGGCUGAUAGCUUCCAGAGGCAGGGCAGACAGCUGAGAAGGAAGAUGUGGCUGCAGAAUCUCCAAAUGAAGCUGAUGGUGGGAGGGGGAAUCUUUAUCUUAAUUAUAAUAUUAUGGGUUAUUGCUUGUGGGGGUUUCAAAUGUUGAUUGACCUAUAAGAAACUAAGUCUCUAUUUGGGCACAUUAAGGGAUUUACAAAAUGAUAUAUUCGACUUGUACAUGGGAUUCCACUAGUACAUGGAAUUUAUGGAUACUGUUUGUUAUAGACUGUAAUUAAGCUUGUUGCUGCUGGUUACUUUGAAUCAAGCUCGUACAUUAGCUGAGAUAAUAAUUGGGGUAGUAGUGUACAUCAUCAUAAUGCUUUUACUAAUUGUAGACUUUUGUCAA